UUCGGCAGUCUGCUUACGGAUCUCGCGGAGUGACGACAUCGUCGCUAUUUCGCGUUACGACUAGUUUUUUUAUUUCGCAGUUAGAGUCUCCCGCUGGUGUUCGAGUCAGUUUUUUUGCACUCGCCCUCGCGUCAGCAUCUCGGCGAGCUGCGCAGUUUUGUGUGUGUUGUUGUUGUUGUUGUUGUUCUGUUGACGUUGUGCAGUUCGAAACGCCGUUAUUCGCCGGAUCUGUGCCGAGUGAGUCUUCGUUGUUUUUUUUUUUGUUGUCGUCGUCGUCCAGUUUUUCGGUUAUUCGUGUCUCGACGCGGUCCAGGUGCGAUAAUAAUUAACGUCGGAUCCCCGAGCCAGUUCAAGUCAGGGGGCAUCGUUGAGACCGUCGAAUAUCCGAACGGUGGUGGUGCGAGACCGCGAAGCCUUCGGCGUCCAUAACGUUCUCCUUUCUCCAUCCGCCUAGAUUGGAGUUCGCUUGAGAACGCAGAUUGGAUUAAUCGAAUCGCGAGGCUCGCCGUUUGUUUGGAGAAGAAAAGGAUAAGCGAGAGAGAGAGAGAGAGAGAGAGAGGACGACGCAACAAUGAUCGAGAGGAAGUAAAAAUCUGCGCCCGCUGUGAGUCAUGGAUUUUGGUCUAGCGAUCGCACCACCUCGCCGCACGCUACACAGUUGAAGAUCGGGUCGUCGAUGCCUCAUGGCGCGUGCUGGAACUCAGCGUUGGAGGAAUCCCGCUUCGGAAGGUGACGAUGUUCAACGGUCAAUCGAACUGCUGGACAAGGUACUCUCAGAGUACGACGAGAACGAGGUCGAGGGCGACGGAGGCGCCGGGGGUGAAAAUUGUGGUAGCAGUACAGAACCCAGCAUUGGAAUUACACCCGAAGACGAGAGUCCCUCUCUAGGGCAUCAGUCCGAAGACGACGGGUACAUGAGCAUGAAUGGACGAAAGGCGAAGAUGGCACUCGUAGCGUUACGACCGGUACCCGAUUGCCCGGAACCGCAGGACACCAACGCCGAUUCAUUCGUCGCCGAAUUUCCACCGCCACCGGAAGAAGCUGAACGCCUCAUAUCCACGCUGCUGCCGAUGGUAUCGCCGAGCAGCUCGACCAAGAGAAGUUCGCAGUCCUCGUCCUCGCGGAGAAGCGGGAGACAGCAAUGGAUCGCCGCCAUGGAGGAUCACAAGCUACACGGACACGUCGCCACCACGCAAACAACCCUCCCAAAGACUCGCCACCAGCGACCGUACGGAUGGGAGAACGGUGUCGCGGAGCCGUUCCGUUUCGCGGAUCCCCCGAGUCCGCCGAGUAAAUUCGCCAGUCUGCCCUACGACGGCAAGGUGUCAUUCAACUGGAUACCGCCCCGCACGAAUCCCGCCGCCGUCGAGAAGCACAGGGAGGUGAGACGGCGCUCCUCCGAGGCGAUACUCGACCAGCAGCAGCGGCGCACCUCGGCGGACAAGGACCGAGCCUCCCUGCUGAGGAAGCAGCGACAGAACGAGAUCGUGAAGUCCAGCAGCGUGGAGGACAGGCUGCUGAUGAAUCGCAACAGAUCGGCGGAGAGCGAGGCGAGGAGGCGGAGGAACGACUCGGACUCGAGCGAGGGCCGGUUCUCGAGGAACUCGGAGUCGGAGAGGUCGUCGAUACCGAGGUCCAGCUCCGUGAGCGUCGAGAGAUUCUCGGUAAGGGCGAACUGCGACUCGUCCGACUUCUCCAGGGCGAAUUCCACCUCGAACGAGAGAUUUCACUCGGACUUCUCGAUCGCCGUGGCCAGCGUCAGCUCCAACGACCACGUCUCCGUGCCGACCUCCGAUCCCUUCUCCAUACGCAACCUGGACUUCUCGUUCUCCUUGCCCAGGGCCGAUUCCGGGGAGGAACGAUUCUCCACGAGGACGUCGGAUCGGUGCUCCGAGGAGAGAUACUCGGACAUGUUCUCCACCCGUAACUCGGAUUUCUCCACGAGGAACUCCACGGAUUUCAGGACGCAGUCCGAGGAGGAACACUUUUCCGACGACUCGUUGGAGGAACUCCUGCCACCCCCUCCCGCUAUCGGUAAGAGACACUCGAUCGCCUGGGAGGUGUCGCUCGAGGACGACCCCCUCUACGCGCCCGGCAGCACCAAGGUCGUCGGAAGGAGACGGAGAAAAAGCAGCGACGUGUCCAGUGUCGGAUCCGCCUCGAAGAUGCGAGAUUUCGACGACUGGCCGGACCCGCCGCUGUCGGCGACCGAAGACGACCUGGUGUCGCCGUACUCCGACUCGUCCACCAACGAUCUGGAUCAAAUAAAACCCCAAGAUCUCACCAAGAAUGGUACAUACGUCAUAAGACGUGGACGAAAAAAGGAGAGGAAAUUGUUACCGAAAACACCAACGAAAACCAAAAGUCUUUCCUUCGACGGAUGCGAAGAAACCAGACUAGCUGACGGCAAAAGAUACUCCAGUACCUUCGACAACAUCAAGAGCCUUCUGAAAGAGGGAAGACUCAAAGGUCUGGACGAACCUCCGCCGGAUUUCACGCCGCCGCUUCCGCCUGAAUUGGUCAGGGUCGUGUCGCUGCCUGUGAUAAAUAACAACGAGGCCGGUAACAGAGCGCAAUUGGAGAUCACCGUGGAGGAGGAGGAGAUCUCCGACUUGUCGGACAAAGACAAAGCCGAGGCGAGAUCGGCGGACGGCGUAGUUUCCGCGGAAGAAACGAGGACGGUGUCGAAUUUGGAUCCGUUGGCCGUUUGCAACGGCCCCGUCUCCAUCUCCAUGUCGAAGAGCAUGGACGCCAAGAUACCCGUCAAUCUGCUCAUCGAGGACCAGAUCGUGAAAAAGGCGUUGAACGAAAACAGGAGACAAUUGGAGAAAGUCAGCGACGCCAUAAAGGAGAUCGAGAGCGUGAGAAACAGCGAGUCGUACGAGAAACGACGGAGAAACGGAGGAGGGGAGUCCAAGGGUGCCGGCUCCAAGCGUAACAGCUACGAAUGCGAGGAGAAAAAGGUCGUCGACAACCCGUUCGACAACAGACCGAGAAAACAGAACAGCUCGGAUUCGGAAACGUCGAAAACCAGCUCGUCCGACGCGGAGUACGAUCGUCGGAAACCGAGCGGCAACGAGGCGGCGGCGUACGCGGGAGGAAGGAGGAUCCGGCAAAAUGGAAACGACCAAAAACAGAUCGAGAACGUGAUCGACGCCAUACUGGAGGACUCGAAAAAUCCGGAUUUCCAGGUGAGCGUCGAAGUUCUGGAAUUUCCGCCGCUGCCACCGUCGCCCGUCGAGGAGGCGGACGAGGAGAGUUCGGACGUUGGCGCGGGCACCGUUCCCGCGCCAAAAAAGUCGAGCAAAACGCUGGGCAACGGGAUCGGCAACAACGGCGGCAAGGCCAAAAGUCACGCCACCAAAACCAUCGACUACAGGCCCAGAGUUCCUCCUCACCGCGCCGCUAUAGACGCCAGGGACGGCCACGUCUCUUCCCUGAACACCCACUCGAUGGACGCGGGAUUUUCCAGGGGCAGACGCACCGCAGCGGGUAGCGGUUCUAGGAGAGAUGUCCCCGUCGAACGGAGAACCUUGCCGACCGAUCUUCCGGGUCCCUCGAGACGCAGACCUUUCGCUAAGUGGCAUUCGCCCUCCGCCGAACCAUCGUGUCCGUCGAGUAGCGCGGGUACCGCGGUUUCCGGCAUGCAGACCUCCUGCUCGUUGCCGGAAACACCGGUUUUCGCCAGGGGUAGCGACAUACCGAGAACGCCUCAGCACGCCGGAAAUACGGGGCAAACGAGACGUCAGCCCGGAUGGUACGCGCCGACGACCGCCACCACGGGUUACAGAAGGAACAACCUCGGUUUGGAACAAGCGAUAAUCGGCACGGAGCUGCUGCGGCUCGCCGGCGGACCGAACAGAGGCUGGUACCCGACCAGAAAGGGGAAUCAGCCGAGACCGGCGUCGAUCGAGCACCUGGAACGUCUGAACAACGCGUACGACGCUCGUCUGCCCGGCAGCGGGGAGCAGCAGAGGAAGCCGCUGACUCUGCCCACCAACAUCACCCCGAACAAAUAUUUCGGCCAAAGUAAGCACAGCUCUGCCUCCAGCACCCGCGAAGCUUUACGGAGGGUCACUAGCUUGCUCAUCAAGAAAGGAAGCAACAGCAAGGACACCAAGGCGACGAAGGACAUCUCUCCCUCGGGUCAUUAUCCGGGUGGUGAGAGCAGCGACGCGCCGAAAAAGAAAGGAUUCUUCAAGAGUUUCUGGAAACGUUCGAGGCAUUACUCUCUCGAAAACCAAUAGCCCAGGUGCGCCCGGUUGACUGGCCGUCAAACCAAUAAUAAUCGCAACAAUACGCAGUAUACUUCGGGAUCGGUUUUAGAUCACACGACAACCACGUUGUCGAAUCCCUGCUGCUGUAUAGUGCAGUAAAUUAAUAAUAAAUUUGAAUAAAUAACGAAAAUUUUAGUAAUUUUUUUAAUCGAACAACUUUAUAAGAGAUUGAACAGAAACAGAAACAAAAAGGAAAAAAAAAAAAAAAACAUACAAACAAACAAUAAGUAAAUAAUUAAUUAAUCAUCAUCGAUAUCAUGAACAAGGUUUGCCAAAAGUAUAAAUAUUGUAUAUGUAUAUAUAUACAUAUAUAUAUAUAUAUAGAUAUUAAAUGAAUUGAUAAAAAGUGUUACAUGUAUAGAGACGAAAAGGAAAAGGAAAUAAUCACUACGCCCGCAUACAACUGUAAUACAUAAAUAAUAUAACACGUAUUACGAAUUACGAUACUCGACGAACCGAAUGAGAAGAAUCGAGGGAAAUGAAAUUCAAAUGCGAACACGUUGUUUAAUCUACCGUGAUUAGAGAGAGAGAGAGAGAGCGCACUUUUCAUUAUAGGUAUAUAAAGCAUGCCUUAUAGGUAUAAACGUAAGAAGAUGUGCAAAAUAUACUACGCAUAUUAUGUAUAUCACGUGUAUAUCAAUUAAUCGCCGGGACUGUUGCUUAAUGUUGGGAGAGAUUUUUCCUCGUGUUACAUCAGCUGUUCACCGAUACCGAGCGUAUAGUAUGAAAUUCAGCCGUGUUCAAUUCAAUUUGGCAAAAAAUUUCCCAAUUUCUGCAGCCUCGUUGAAUUUACCAAUUUUCUUUUUUCUUCUUCCUUUUUUUUUGGGAUUGUAUUUCCCGUUUUUUCUUACCCCCCUUGAUUGACUCGGAAAGCACACAGAUUUUGAAAAAAUUUACCGAACAAAUGGAAAAUCAAUCGAUCUCUGACGGACGUUCGCGAAUAUUUCUCGCAAUAUAUUCUAGAGUUAUUGUUGACCGACAGUGCGUUAAAGCCGAUCCCAUUAAAAGAUCCUCGUUUUCGAAUGGUGGAGUCAAAGGAUGACAAAAGUGUCGAAGAAACGAGUCAAAGAUAAAAUUUUUCAAAAAGAAGAAGAGACAAAGAAAGGAACCGAAUUAAUCGAGGUUGGUCGGAAUAUACAGGUAUAUUGUGUAUCGGAUGGAAAAAGUCACACGUGGUUUCUUGUAAUAUUACUACCAAAAUAUUAUAAUAUAUAUAUAUAUAUGCUGAAUAAUGAUGAUGAUAAAAAAAAUGAAGAAAAAAUAAUAAUUCAUAUAAUAUAUACACAAACAAUUAUUAUUAUUAUUAUAAAUAGUUAUAUACGUAAACGCAUAUAUGAUAGGUAUAAUAUUACAUAUAGUAUAAUAUAAUAUAAUAUAUAUUGACGAGGUUAAAAUAGUUAUCGGUACGUUACAAUUAUUACAACUAUUGUAUUAUACAUAUGUUUAAUAUAUGAUUUACAAAAUUCAGCACCCUCGAAUAACAAAAGGAAAAAACAAUAUAAUUUUCGAUAAUAGAUAACGAUCGCGGCAACGAUAACUCAUAAAUUAUUAAAGAAACAAUUUUAUCUAGUGACUGAUUA